UUAGAGUAGUUUCCCUUAGCUUUAGUAGUUUAUGAAAGCAUUUACUAAGAUCGUCUAGAAUCUACAUUAUUCUACUUCAUUUUUGAAAGCUAGAUAUCUAGAUCUAGAUCUAUACUCUAGAUCUAGAUUUAGUUCUAGAAGUCUAAUUUAAAAUUAGGCCCAGAAUAAAAUCCGUGGCAUUGAUUGAUAGUUGACGUGUGAGCAGAGAUAUGUUAAAGAUUUUCCAUUUACACAAGAUCUGAAGUAAAAUAAAUUAAAAUGACAUCUAUUAUAAAACUUCAUGCACUAUCAGGUGCUCGUGAUGAAUCACCACCAUGCUACAUGUUGCAGGUUGAUGAAUUUAGAUUUUUAUUAGAUUGUGGAUGGGAUGAAGACUUUAGCAUGGACUUUGUAAAAGACUUGCGCAGAGUUACACACCAAGUUGAUGCAGUUCUGUUAACCUACCCUGACCACCUACACCUUGGGGCUUUACCCUAUCUGGUCGGCAAAGGAGAUCUCAACUGUCCUAUUUAUGCUACAGUACCUGUUUAUAAAAUGGGACAGAUGUUUAUGUAUGAUCUUUUUCAGUCACGCCACAAUAGUCAAGAUUUUGACAAGUUUACACUUGAUGAUGUAGAUGUUGCAUUCGAUAAAAUUAUACAGCUGGAAUACUCUCAAACAAUAACACUCAAAGGUAAAGGGCAUGGGUUACAAAUAACGCCGCUUCCAGCUGGUCACAUGAUUGGUGGGACUAUAUGGAAAAUUGUUAAAGAUGGAGAAGAAGAAAUUGUUUACGCUGUAGAUUACAACCACAAAAAAGAAAGACAUUUGAAUGGUUGCCAGUUGGAUGCCAUAUCCCGUCCAUCUGUUCUGAUCACUGACACAUUCAAUGCUCUUUACAACCAGCCCAGUCGCAGACAGAGAGAUGAGCAGCUAAUGACUACCAUUCUUCAAACCAUGAGAAAUGAUGGCAAUGUUUUGGUUGCUGUGGAUACAGCUGGCAGAAUGCUUGAACUUGCACAGUUAAUGGAUCAAAUGUGGAGAAGUUCUGAAUCAGGACUGACAGCCUAUUCACUUGCUCUUCUCAACAAUGUUAGUUUUAAUGUGGUGGAGUUUGCCAAGUCCCAGGUUGAGUGGAUGAGUGAUAAAGUGAUGAGAUCAUUUGAGGAUCACAGAAACAACCCAUUCCAGUUGAAACAUGUUCGUCUGUGUCACAACCUGGCAGAAUUAGCCAGAGUACCCGAGCCAAAGGUGGUUCUAGCCAGCACACCGGACCUGCAAUGUGGCUAUUCUCGUGAUCUGUUCGUGGCCUGGUGUGGUAACAGCAAGAACAGCAUCAUCCUAACCAAUCGCACGUCACCCGGGACCCUUGCCAGAUGGCUGAUUGACAACCCUCAGGACCAUGUCGUCAGGCUUGAGAUCAAGAGACGGGUCAAGCUUGAAGGUGCUGAGCUGGAUGAGUAUUUUAAAAGGAAGCAAGAAAAGGAACUAGAGGAAUCUAGAAUCAAGGACGAGCAGGCUAGAAAAGAGAAGGAAGAGAUGGAGUCCAGCGAUGACAGUGAGAUAGAGAUGGACACGGAAGACUUGUACGGGGGUCGACCAAAAGGCAAACAUGAUCUUAUGAUUAAAAGUCAGGGAAAAGCCAGGACAGGUUUCUUUAAGCAAGCCAAAAAGUCGUACCCUAUGUUUCCUUUUGUUGAGGAGAAAGUCAAAGUUGAUGAGUACGGAGAGGUCAUCAGAGCUGAGGAUUAUAUCAUAGCAGAAGGUCAGAGCGUGGAGGAUGAAAUGAAAGAUAUUGAAACAAAAGAUCAAGACGACACGUUACAAGAUAUCACGGAAGUGCCGACAAAGUGCAUCUCGUCAACGGUCACUUUAGACAUCAACGCUAAAGUGCAGUUUAUUGAUUUUGAAGGAAGAUCAGAUGGAAAGUCGAUCAAAAAGUAUUUAUCUCAAGUCAAGCCUAAACAGCUGAUUUUGAUCCAUGGGCCAGAAGAGGCAACCUUGGCGCUCGGUGAUUACUGCCAGACGUCUGGCUUUGUGGAGGGCAGCGUCUACUGUCCAAACAUUGGUGACGUCAUCGAUGCUACCACAGAGAGACACAUUUACCAGGUGAGACUGAGGGACCACCUGGUCAGUUCACUGAUGUUCUCUAAGGCUAAGGACAUGGAGCUGGCAUGGGUGGAUGGUCAGCUCAACAUCCCAGAUCUACCAGAGGAGGAGGAGAAGGAGGAGGAGGAAAUGGAGGAUGGGAACAAAAAGAAAAAAGAUCAGCUCAGUGUCAGUCUACCCACACUAGAAGGUCUACCACCUGCUGGGGUCCCCGCCCACACCGCUGUGUUCAUCAACGAGCCCAAGCUGUCUGACCUGAAGAUAGUGCUGAUCAGUGCUGGGGUACAGUGUGAGUUUGCUGGAGGAGUUCUGGUCUGUAACAACCAGGUGGCCGUACGCAGGGACACAGCUGGCAAAAUGAAGAUGGAGGGCUCAUUGUGUGAGGAUUACUUUAAGAUUAGGGAACUUUUGUAUCAGCAAUAUGCCAUCGUCUAAAUUUAGCACUCACUUUCUCAAUAAACAUAUUUGUAUAUUCAAA